UUGUAAUUGUACAGUUAUGAAGAAUAUUAUAGUGCCAACUCAUUAUGUAUUUAGACUAUUGUUGAUGUAUUUUUUUUACUUAUAUUUAUUUUAUUAAAAAUAAUAAAUAAAGAAAGACGCAUUCAUGAACAUUUUGAUGUAUGUUUUGAAUGAAAGGAUUGAUUGUUGAUCGUGUUACUUCUAGUAUAUAUCCGGAUCUAGUUUGAUCCGGAAUUUUGCACGGAACCUACUCAUCAGACACCCAUUCAGAAUGUAUUUAAAUUUUUCCUAAGAUAUGAUAAAAAUCCAAAAGUAAUGUGUAUACUAAUAGGACCUUCUCUUACAUAUUUUAGGUCUUAGCUAUUAAAGAGGAAAAUUAUGAAAAGGUUGCUUCAAAUACCUUGACGGAAGUUAUCGAACGCAUUCAGAAUUCUUCAGACGUUCUUAAAAAUGAAAAAGAAGAGGAGGAAACAGAAAAUAUGAAGAAUAAAAAAGUGACAAGUCAUCUCGAAAAAACAGUACCGGUAGUUAAUGAUCCUCUUGGUGAGCCAAAGAAUGUUGAUUAUAAACCUACUCAACGUGUGAAAGGUAGCAUUUAUACAUGCCACAUAUGUUCAUCUACAUUCAAUAAUGAAUAUGAAGUUCAAAAACACUUAAAGAUUCAUUCAAAUUACAUCAACCACAUUAAAAGAGAACUUCGAAACUGCAAUGGAAUUUCAACCGCGAGUUCCGAAUUUUUGCACUCACAAUCAGGAGGAAUUACAAGUAAUGGGACACUCAAUGAUUUUCAAUAUCAGUGUUAUUUAUGUCCGAGUAUUUUCAACUCUCAAGACCUUUUGUAUACGCACAUAAAGCAGCAUGAGAUAGAAAAUAGUAUCACUAAUAAAAAUGAAAUCGAAUGUUUGAGCUCAAACAUCAGCACCAAGAUUAUCUGUAAAUUAUGUAAGAAAGGAUUCUUCACUACAUCUAGAUAUGAUCUGCAUGUGAUUGAAGAUCAUGAUCCUGAGAAGGAAGUUUCACCAAGGAGGAGAGGACGAAUAUUCCAAUGCAACGACUGUAAUAAAAUAUUCAAAAGUAAGGUGGACAUAACGAGGCAUGUGUCAAUCCACCUGAAACGGAAGAGUGCUCAUGUUUGCUCAGUUUGUGGCAAGGAAUAUGUAUUUCCGGUUGCUUUGAAGAAUCACAUGCUUAAACAUGACCCAAACUAUAAAAUAGAAUGCCCAAUGUGCUUAGAGAGAUUCAGCAAACGUAAAGAACUCAAGACUCAUAAAUGCCGCAGUGUCCCUCUAAUCACAGUAUUCAAGUGUAACCCUUGUAGCCUUGAAUUUUCCUCGCUCAAUUUUUUGAGAAUUCAUGAAGAUCUCGAUCAUGGAAUUGGCGCACCGUAUACUUGCGAUUAUUGUACAAGAACAUUCACAUCGAAUGAAGGUCUCAUGGCACACGUGAAUGAGAAUCAUUUUGAAGUCAAUGGCUGCCCUGAAAUGAGCAUGAAAAUUGAAAAUACUGAUGAUAUAAAAAAGAAGGAGACCAAUGAUUUGCUAUUUGAUGAGGAGCUUGCCACAAAUUUGGAAAUUCUAAUGUGCACCCUAUGUGGAGCAUUGUGCAUAACUAAUGAAGAAUUCCAGGAACAUAUGGCAGGCCAUAUAAUUAUAUGAUAUUCAUAAACAGAUAUAUAUUAAGCUUGAUUCGCACACAACAGUGCCAGUGAAAAUAUACAUAAGCUCUAAUGGUAUUAUCCAUACUCACUGGACCGGGCUGAGUGGCAAUAGUCCAAUGAGAACUCGUGGGUUUAUCUUCUUUGUUCACUGUCACUGUUGUGACCGAACCCAGCUUGAAUGUCAUUGAAAUAUCAUACUGUACCAUGCUACUUCAAUUCUAUCUAUCGAUUUCAAGGAGCCAGUUACGUAACAUGACGUGGUAUCAAACAACGGCAACCAAUUCAAAUUGUCUUUACUAAAGACUUACGGUAAUCUAGUUGGUAAAUAUAGUUUUAGUUCAAGACUUAACAGUAAUUCUCCUUUGCUGAUCAACGCAAAAUGAAAUCUAUAGAUGUAAAUGAGAACAUUUAUUAAAUUUUUGCCAUAAACAGGACAUUCACCAUGUAAAUGGUAAAUUUGAUUAAAAAAACUUCAAUUGAUCAGCUUUGAUUAUUCAGCUUCCAUGAAUAAUAUUGAUUUCAUGAAGUAUUGAUUUUAUUCCUGAUUUAUACAUAUGGUUAUGAUAUAAUAAUCGUCAGCUUAUUAGUAAAGUUAAAAGUUAUUAAGUCUUAAGAACCAAUCAUUUUCUCUCUUAGUGAUUUAAAACCACGUUUCAAUUUCCAAACUGAAUUUUAAUUAUUAUAUGAUUAUAAAUGUUGAUAUAUUGAUUCAUCAACUUUUUUAUUAUGAUAUGAAGAAUUUUAUUUCUUGAUGAAUUUCAAGUCAUUAUAAGACACCAUUUUGGUGAUUGUGGAAUUUGCAAGGUUAAUUCUAGUGUGGGCUUCGGCAAUCAUUCAUUACAAUUUUUUAUUAUUUAAGACAUUUAUAAAUUGUCUAAUAUAAGUAUAAAUGUAUUUCCAUAUGUAUAUAAACGCAUUCAAAUUAUAACAUUAAUUGGUAUAACUUUACAUCCAAAGAAUUGCAGUAUUCUUACUAAAGUACCAAUAGUAGUUUAUGGUGGAAUAAUGGCUUAAGUGUUAUACUAAUAAUAUUAUAGGGUUAUUAUAAAAUUUAUGAAUAUCGUGAAAUGUUCACUCGUUCUGUUUAGGUUGAAGCAGAGGUUAUCUCUUCAACAUCAACAAUUCAAUGAUAAUAAUUAUUAAUAAUUUUUCCAAAGAUUACUACUAGUUAAGUUCAUUUUUUCAUUAUUGUAGCUUACGUUUUGAUUCUUAAAUGAAAGUCUGCUUGUAAUAAUUAUUUACUGUAGCUGUCGAUUUGAUUCUUAAAUAAAAGUCUGUUUGUAAUAAUAUGUUGUUUCAAUUCUUCCUGAAACUGAAUCUUGGAGUUUCAAAUGAAAUAAAAUAUGUA